UUGUGACGUGUCUGCGCGUGAUGAGACUGCGCGCGAAGCCGGGUGUCACGUGAUGCCGCAUGCGCAGAUAGGACGGGAAGUGGCCGCUCGUUCCGCGCCUUUUUCCGGUACCGCCGAGACCGGAGACCGGGGACUGGGGACCGGAGCCCGGAGCGAAGCGGACACUGGAGGAGCGGAGAGGCUGGCCCGGUAGACACCCACUCCCCAAGUAUCGUGGAGGGAGAACAACAGGCCGCAGGGUUAGUGGGAGCUGCUGCACUGGAGAGUGACUGCGCUGUGAGCCAUUACGGAGCCGGGAAACCGGACUCAAUGACCUUUGCUGGGAGUGCACAGCCGCUGCUGUAGUUCGGCGGCUGGAGGGAGGCCGAGGUUCACACUCUCACCGACAGCUGCUGCAAGGAACUACCGAUCCGAGAGACCCCAGAACGGGCGGCCAGGACAACUCGGCUGCCUCUGAGGCGUUUGCCCCUAGCCCAGGCCAGGCCCUUUUGGUCGGCCAGCUCCACCCGCCUCUCGCUGCCGUGGUUUCUUAUGUACUUUCUAGAAGAUGGGGAAGGUCCUGUCGAAGAUAUUCGGGAACAAGGAGAUGCGUAUAUUGAUGCUUGGACUUGACGCCGCCGGUAAGACCACCAUCCUGUACAAAUUGAAACUGGGUCAGUCUGUCACCACCAUCCCUACUGUGGGCUUUAAUGUGGAGACAGUGACUUAUAAAAACGUCAAGUUUAAUGUUUGGGACGUGGGUGGCCAGGACAAAAUCCGGCCUCUCUGGCGGCACUACUACACCGGGACCCAGGGAUUAAUAUUUGUGGUAGACUGUGCCGACAGGGAUCGGAUAGACGAAGCCAGACAAGAGCUUCUGCGCAUCAUCAGCGACCGGGAGAUGAGAGAAGCCAUCAUUUUGAUAUUUGCAAAUAAGCAAGAUUUACCCGAAGCCAUGAAGCCGCACGAAAUUCAAGAGAAAUUGGGUUUGACCCGCAUCCGAGAUAGAAAUUGGUAUGUGCAGCCGUCCUGUGCCACUUCAGGAGAUGGACUAUUUGAAGGUCUUACGUGGCUAACGUCCAAUUACAAAUCUAAAUGAACAUUAAAAACUGUUUUAGAUUAAAAAAAAUCAGUUGCCUCGGAACAUUUACGAAAGUAAUCUUGACUCUACUAAUCACCUGUCUGCAUUUCUUUGCUAUCUAGUUUGGCUUUGCGUUAGAACGUUUUCAUAUAAAUGCGCUGAACUAAUCUUGAGCAAGAAUCAAAUGUUAAGUAUUUUGAAAGGUCUUUCUCUAAGCCAUUUGCCAUUAUUUGAAUGACUUCCUCUUUCUGUAUUCGAUUUGGGCUUUUCAACACUUUAUGCUCAGUUUCGAGUUCUUCCUUUUUAAUGCCUUGCUUUAGAUCGCCGAUUUUACGUUCAUUAAAAGCGACGAUGUUGGGUUUCUUUCAAUUAGUAAACUUAAGUUUAUUUGAACAAAUUUAGUCACCGUAUAAUUAUUUGACUUUGUUUCUUUGACUCAUCACCAGCAUAUAUUUAAGAGCCCUGCCAUUUCUAAACUUGAUUGGGGUUUUUUGUGGAGUCAGUUGAAAUGUUUCAUUUUGAUUCUGUGUAGGGUGUGUCCAUAUGAAACGUAUGCUUCUGCCUGUAUUCCCAUCUGCUGUAAUUCUGCCUAACAAAGCAAGUGAAUGUGUCGAGAAAAUGUUUCAGUAUUCCUAUACAAUGGAAAAAUAAUCUUGUAUGCCAAAUACUUGUAUAAUUAGUUUAUGUAGGGCUGCUUUAAAUGCUCUAAUGCACUGGCUUUAACAUCCAUACUGUAUUCUGAGAGUGCAUGUAUUACAACCACUGGUGAAGAUACAGCACACCCAAAAUUAAUUUGCAUUUGCUGAAGGGAAAGAAAAGACAAAAGGUGGGUAAUGUGAUUAUGACUACUUGGUCAUGUGGAGUGAUAAAUACUGACAUGGAUGAAUUGAACUAAAUAAUUUGUUUCUGUUGUAACUUCUAUGUAUUUCCAUAUGAUUCCAAUUUCACUUGAGCGAUUUUUUUUUUUUUUUUUUGGUUCCUGAUGCAAAACAGAAGUAAUUUGGAGCCAGGUUGGGUGAUAGCAGGGCAGACCACAUGAGUAAUAUAGCAAAUGUCAAGAAACAUGAAAAGCACCAAAUUCUAAAUGUAUGCUUGGGGGUGGCCCUGCAUUUCAAGGCAGGCAUUUAACACAUUAUUGGUAAUAUUUGUGAAAAUGAGGAUACGCAUUGCAGUCUCUUCAAUUUACUAUAAAACAGUCAUAGUUCAGUUGAUGUUUUCUUAGCAUUUUGAGUGCUGACAUGCAACUUCCUGUGUCUGUGGUUUUCCGCAGAAGAGAGAAUAAAGGUCUUGGAGAGGUAAGGGCAGUUUUAUAUCUGAUUAUUAAAAGUUGCCGCUAAACAGGGAAAAGAAUUACAGCACAGAUUUUGAAGGUUCAGUAUUUUGAAAAAGUAAGAUCUGCAGGAAUUAAAUCAUUUCUGCUCUUAAUUGUAUUGUUCAAAUGGUUUUAGUAAAAUGUACUGGCUUUUAUAGUUGUGCUAACUUUUAAAUAAUUUUAAACUACUUUCCUAAAUCACUUUAUACUUUGAAUAAAUAUUAGAUCUUAUUUUCCAAAUUAAUAAUCUUAUGUGGAUUUCCUAAAUGUUGUCUAGAAACUCAAAUCAAGGUUUUAAGUGAUUUGUAAUAACCAGGUCAUUUAGUUUGCAUUAAAUUAUUUUCAUUGAGCUGAUGGCAAUUAAUAUUUCAAAUGUUUAGUUGAAAUACUGAUCUGUCAUCAAAUUCAUAAAAUUAAUUUUGUACUAAAACAACUCUAUUCAAUUGAAUUAAGUAGAGCUAUAUUUUAAAACAAUAUUAUUUGAGCUUCAAGUAAUUUGCACUGUAGCCUUGACAAGACUUUUCAGACUCUAUUCUGAGAAUAGUUAUUCAAUCGGUACAGUAACUGCUUACAACCACUGUGUUGGUAAAGACUUCAAAUCUAAUCAGUAUGUGUGCUAACUAUCCAAAGGGCAGAAAUAUAACUGAAAUGUCUGUUACAUUAACUUCAUGCUCAGUACAGCCAGGAUGGGAGAAGCUGUGCAAACUUAUAAAAUAUCAGAUUGAGGGCUAGAAUAGUAGUAUUAAAACUCUUUAUUCUUGAACCUGUAAGACUUGAGAAAUGAAAUAGUAGUGGCCUCUUCAGGCUAGCAAGGUUUGAAGUGAAUUAUACAAUUGUCAAAUGGGUUGGAGCACAAAAUAACUAAUUUGAAAUUAGUUUGCGGUCUUGACCUGACAUGGAAAAUUGGGUGAACAAAGAAUCCACUGCUCAGUAAUAAGUUCUUUAUUUCCUGAAGGAAAAGGGGCAGUGAGUAAAUGUGUGUGUGGGUGGACACAAUUUUAUAUUGCGACUUUUUCAACGUUGAUUAUUAUAUUUGAGCAUUCUCUUUUUCAAAGAAAAAUAUUGGACUUUGUUCAAAGCACAGGACAGACAAAAUGUUCCUGUAGAAAGGUACUAAAAUAAACUUUAUCCUCAAACUUGAA